UCGUAAUUUUCAAAAGACACAAUUCAUUCAACAAGAAAAGGCUGAUGAAGGAGCAAAUACUAUACAAUUCUCUGCCAAGUAAGCACAAUUGAAGUAGCUGCGAACGAGAAAGUUGGUGACUUUUGACUUUUGAAUCCUCAGUAAAGGGUGAAAAUGCGCUGGUCUCCAUUUUUAGGGAUUCCUCUAAUAGUGGCACUUCUCUCUUUACUCCUUUUCAAGAUUUUCCCUCUCAAAUCACUCUACUCUACUCCACAAAGACUUUUUACUGUUGAAGAACUUGCAAUUUACAAUGGGUCUGAUCCAAGCUUGCCCAUUUUUCUUGGUAUUAUUGGGUCAGUAUUUGAUGUGAGCAAAGGAAAGAGUCACUAUGGAGUAGAAGGUGGCUACAACCAUUUUGCUGGAAGAGAUGCUUCGCGUGCAUUUGUAUCCGGAAACUUUACAGGAGAUGGACUUACUGACUCACUGCACGGUUUAUCCAGUGCCGAGGUUAAAAGUAUUGUUGACUGGAGAGACUUCUACUUCAGAACAUACACAUUUGUCGGUAAGCUAGUGGGACGCUAUUAUGACAGUGAAGGCAAUCCAACAAAGUACUUAAAAGGUGCUGAAGCAAAGGCCGCUAGAGGUGCUCAGCUGAUGGAAAAACAGAAGAAUGAAGAGGCCAAACUACCUAGCUGUAAUUCAAGAUGGAGUCAAGAAGAGGGUUCAGAGGUUUGGUGCGACGAUGGAUAUCCAAGAUUAGUUCAACGACCUGAGCAGAUUGCAUUGACCGGAAAAAUGAGCAAACGAUGUGCUUGCUUUAAAGAGGAUGAUCUUGGCCAGCCAGGUUUGGAGGUCUACGAAGGAUGUGAUUAUUUAGCCAAAACAUGCCGGCUAUAAAAACUGCAGCUGGGGUUUUAUAGCACAUCUGAUAUCAAUUCCACAGACAUUUAUAAAAAUUUCCAUGUCAGGAAAUUUUGUAACAUUACCAAUAUUUCUUGGGACAGUAAUUUCCCCAUCUUCGAAAAGCGUAAGUUUAUUUUUAAACUUUUUUUUUUUGUUUGCAACUCUUGGAGCAUUAAGUCGUUUAUUCAUUAGUUGGAAAUUACAUUGUUGUGCAUGUAAAGUAAAUGGACCUUGGACCAUACUUUCUUUC